UGUCCGGGAUGCGGCUCCUGUCCGGGAUGCGGCUCCUGUCCGGGCUGUGGCUCCUGUCCAGGAUGCGGCUCCUGCCCAGGUUGCUGCUGCCCCUGCUGUGGUUGUGGCUCCUGCCCCAGCUGUGACUCCUGCCCCAAAUGCUGCUGCCCCAACAGCUGCUGCCCCCCGAGCUGCGACUGCUGCCGCCAGCUGUGCUGCUGCCUCCCACGCCUGCUGUACCAGCUGCCCAAAAUGAUCGGGUGCCCCAUAAACAUCAAGAGGUUCCUGAUCGUCUUGGUGAUUGUAGGUCUUGUGGUGCUGGUUGUCGUGGGGGCUCUGCUGAUGGGACUCUACAUCACCCAGGCGCAUACAGAGGCUCUUCUGCACAUGACCGUUGGCGAGUUGGAUGGAAAAGAUUCCCAGCUGAAGUUCUCCAUGGAUAAGGAAGAAGUAGCCACUUACUACGUAGAUGACGGGAUCCACAACCCAGCCACAAUCAUUUAUGAUUUUGCCAAGCUGCUGAUUGGCUACAAGCCUGAACAUCAAGAAGCUUGUUACCUUGCCAGGAUGGAUAAGGAAAACAUCCAAGGACUAGACACCCUCCUCAAGGAAUUCCAGGCCAAGUUGUCGAUCGCGCAUCUCAUGCCAAAGGGGAAAGAGAAAGAGCAAGAAGAAGAAUUCCUCACAUCCCAGGUGGAUCGUUCGAGCCUGGGAACCACCAUUAACAUCCUGUGCGAACACAUUCCCAUCUUCUACACUUAGGUAGAAACCUGGAUUGAUGGGCAUCCAUGGUGAGCGGGGUAGGAGGAAGCUAGUGGACAUCAC